CGGCUUGCUGGUGACCCGGAUGUGAGCCUGAAACGGUUCCGGGGUCAGAGCCGGCAGGAUGGCGGCGGACACGCAGGUUUCUGAGACGCUGAAGCGUUUUGCAGUAAAAGUGACUACAGCCAGUGUGAAGGAGCGAAGAGAGAUCCUUAACGAUCUUGGGAAAUGUGUCGCUGGGAAAGACCUGCCCGAGGGAGCGGUGAAAGGCCUCUGCAAGCUCUUCUGCCUGACUCUGCAUCGGUACCGAGAUGCCGCAUCUCGCAGAGCCCUGCAGUCUGCCAUCCAGCAGCUGGCGGAAGCUCAGCCCGAGGCCACGGCCAGGAACCUGCUCCAGUCUUUGCAGUCUUCAGGUGUUGGUGGCAAAGCAGGUGUGCCCAGCAAGAGCAGCGGAUCUGCGGCUUUGCUGGCGCUCUCCUGGACCUGCCUGCUCGUCCGUGUCGUCUUUCCUACUCGGACCAAGAGACAAGGAGAGACCUGGAGGAAGCUGGUGGAGGUUCAGUGCCUGCUCCUGUUGGAAGUCCUGGGCGGCUCUCACAAGCACGCGGUGGACGGCGCCGUGAAGAAGCUGAACACGCUGUGGAAAGAGAACUCGGGCCUGGUGGACCAGUACCUGUCUGUCAUCCUCAGCCUUGAGCCGAGCCACAACUAUGCCGGCAUGCUCGGGCUCCUGGUGCAGUUCUGCACGAGCCAGAAAGAGAUGGACGUGGUCAACAGGCACAAGAGUGCCCUGCUGGACUUCUACAUGAAGAACAUCCUGAUGAGCAAAGUCAAGCCUCAGAGGUACCUGCUGGAUCACUGUGCCCCAAUUCUCCGCUACAUCUCGCACUCUGAAUUCAAGGACCUGGUGCUGCCCUCCCUGCAGAAAUCCUUACUUCGGAGCCCUGAAAACGUCAUUGAAACUGUCUCCUGUUUAUUGGCAUCAGUGACCCUUGACCUCAGCCAGUACGCCCUGGACAUCGUGAAAGGCCUGGCUAGUCAGCUAAAGUCUAACACCCCCCAGCUGAUGGACGAGGCCGUGGUGGCCCUGAGGAACCUGGCGCGCCAGUGCAGUGACCCGUCAGCCAUGGAGUCCUUGACAAGACACCUCUUUGCUAUCCUUGGCGGCUCUGAGGGGAAGCUGACCAUUGUUUCUCAGAAGAUGAGUGUCCUCUCAGGCAUCGGGAGUUUCAGCCACCACGUGGUCUCUGGGCUCUCCAGCCAAGCCCUGAGUGGGACCGUGGCCGAGCUCUUCAUUCCUUUCCUCCAGCAAGAAGUUCACGAGGGCACCUUGGUCCAUGCUGUCUCCACCCUUGCUCUCUGGUGUAACCGCUUCACCACCGAAGUGCCCAGGAAGGUCAUCGAGUGGCUGAAGAAGGCCUUCAGCCUGAAGACGUCCACGUCUGCUGUGAGACAUGCUUACCUGCAGUGCAUGCUUAUUUCCUUCCGAGGUGACACGCUCCUUCAAGGAAUGGACUUUCUGCCCCUGCUGAUCCAGACGGUAGAAAAGGCAGCAUCCCAGAGCACUCAGGUUUCCAUAGUAACAGAAGGUGUUGCUGCAGCUUUGCUGAUUUGCAGACUGUCUGUGAUCGACACUCAAGCUGAGGCCAAGCUCAAUAGCUUUUGGCAGCUGAUUGUAGAUGAGAAGAAGCAGCUUUUUACCUCCGAGAAGUUCCUGUUGUUGGCUUCGGAGGAUGCCUUGUGCACCGUGCUGCAGUUGGCGGAGAGGCUGUUCCUGGAUCACGCUCACCGACUCCCCGGCAGCAAAGUCCAGCAGUAUCACCGGGCCCUGGUGGCCGUGCUCCUGAGCCGAACCUGGCACGUGCGGAGGCAGGCCCAGCAGACGGUCCGGAAGCUCCUGUCCUCCCUGGGCGGCUACACGCUGGCCCACGGGCUGCUGGACGAGCUGAAAGCCAUCCUCAACUCUCACAAGGUCUUGCCAGCCGAGUCUCUGGUGACCGAAUCUGGGGAGCUGUCGGAACAGGGAAAGGCCUACGUGCCUCCUCGCGUCCUCCAGGAGACCUUGUGUGUGAUCUCGGCCGUGCCCGGGAUAGAGGCCGAUAUCGCAGAGACGGAGAGGCUGGCGAAGGAGAUGCUGAUCGUCACCCAUCAUCCUUCCAUAGUGGCGGUGCAGUCGGGGCUCUGGCCGGCCCUGCUGGUGAAGAUGAAGAUCAACCCCACGGAUUUCAUCACAAAGCAUCUGGAUCAGAUUCUCCCCAGGAUCAACACUCAGAUACCCUUGAACCAGUCGUCCAUGAACGCCAUGGGCUCCCUCUCCGUCCUGUCCCCUCACCGGGUCCUCCCGCAGCUGAUCGGCACCAUCACGGCGGCGGUGCAGAACCCGGCCCUGAGCCAGGUCACCAGGGAGGAGUUCGCCAUCAUGAAAACCCCGCCGGGGGAACUGUAUGACAAGUCCGUGAUUCCGAGCGCCCAGCAGGACAGCACGAAGAAGGCCAACAUGAAGCGCGAGAACAAAGCCUACUCCUUCAAGGAGCAGAUCAUCGAGCUGGAGCUGAAGGAGGAGAUAAAGAAGAAGAAGGGCAUCAAGGACGAGGUCCAGCUGACCAGCAAACAGAAGGAGAUGAUGCGGGCCCAGCUGGACAAGGAGGCCCAGAUCCGGAGGCGGCUGCAGGAGCUGGACAGUUCCCUGGAGGCGGCCCUUGGGCUCCUGGACACCAUUCUGAGCAGGAACCCGCCGGGGCUGACCCAGUACAUCCCCAUCUUGGUGCGCUCUUUCUUGCCGUUGCUGAAGUCGCCCUUGGCCGCUCCCAGGAUCAAGGACCCUUUCUUGUCUUUGUCCGGCUGCGUCAUGCCCCCGAGGCUGAAGACUUUGGGUACCUUGGUGAGCCACGUGACUCUGCGUCUGCUGAGACCCGAGUGUGUCCUGGACAAGUCCUGGUGCCAGGAGGACCUUUCGGCCGCCACCCAGCGGGCUGUGAGCCUCUUACACGCCCACACCGUCCCUGUCAAGAUAGGCAAGGGAGAGCCAGAUGCUUCGCCCCUCUCCGCCCCAGCCUUCUCCUUGGUCUUUCCUUUCCUGAAGAUGGUGCUGACUGAGAGCCCCGGCCGGAGCGAGGACAGCGAGCAGCUCAUGGUCCAGAUCUUGCAGAUCCUCACGGUCCAUGCGCAGCUGAGAUCGUCCCCGUCCCCGAGGAACCAGGCCCUGUGGGUGGAUGAGAACGGACCCGAGCUGCUGCCGCGAACAGACAUGCUGCGGCUGCUGACGGGAGUGAUCGGCACCGGCUCUCCCCGCCUGCAGGGCCUGGCUGCAGACACCCUGAAGGCCUUGUGCGCCAGCAGCAGCGGGGACGACGGCUGUGCUUUUGCGGAACAGGAGGAGGUGGAUGUGCUCCUGCAGGCCCUGCGGUCCCCGUGCUCCAGUGUGCGGGACACGGCCCUCCAGGGCUUGAGGGAGCUCCAGAUGGUGCUGCCGACCCCCGACAGCGACGAGAAGAACGGCCUGAACCUGCUGCGCAGACUCUGGGUGGUGAAGUUUGACAGCGAGGAGGAGAUUCGGAAGCGGGCCGAGAGGCUUUGGGAGGCCAUGAACUUGGAGCUUCAGCCUGACCUCUGCUCCAUGCUGAUCGACGACGUGAUCUACCACGAGGCGGCCGUCCGGCAGGCGGGGGCCGAGGCCCUUUCCCAAGCCGUGGCCCGGUACCCGCGGCAGGCCGCCGAGGUCAUGGGGAGGCUCAUGGAGAUCUACCAGGAAAAGCUCUAUAGGCCCCCCCCGAUCUUGGAUGCCCUAGGACGAGUGAUCUCGGAAUCUCCGCCAGAUCAGUGGGAAGCCAGGUGCGGCCUGGCCUUGGCUCUGAACAAGCUCUCGCAGUAUUUGGACAGCUCCCAGGUGAAGCCGCUUUUCCAGUUCUUUGUUCCCGAUGCCCUCAAUGACCGCAGCCCCGACGUCCGCAAGUGCAUGCUGGACGCUGCGCUCUCGACGCUCAACACGCACGGCAAGGACAACGUCAACUCCCUGCUGCCCGUGUUCGAGGAGUUCCUGAAGGACGCCCCCAACGACGCCAGCUAUGACGCCGUCCGGCAGAGCGUGGUGAUCCUGAUGGGCUCCCUGGCCAAGCAUCUGGACAAGAGCGACCCCAAAGUGAAGCCCAUCGUGGCCAAGCUGGUGGCCGCGCUCUCCACGCCCUCCCAGCAGGUCCAGGAGUCGGUGGCCGGCUGUCUGCCGCCCUUGGUGCCCGCCAUCAAAGAGGAUGCCGGGGGCAUGAUCCAGAAGCUGAUGCAGCUGCUGCUGGAAUCCGACAAGUACGCCGAGCGCAAGGGGGCGGCCUACGGCCUCGCGGGCCUGGUCAAGGGCCUGGGCAUCCUCUCCCUGAAGCAGCAGGAGAUGAUGACCACACUGACCGAUGCCAUCCAGGACAAGAAGAAUUUCCGCCGGCGAGAGGGGGCCCUCUUUGCCUUCGAGAUGCUCUGCACAAUGCUGGGGAAGCUCUUCGAGCCGUACGUCGUUCACGUGUUGCCGCACUUACUGCUCUGCUUUGGAGAUGGCAACCAGUAUGUGCGCGAGGCUGCAGAUGACUGUGCCAAAGCCGUGAUGAGUAACCUGAGUGCUCACGGCGUGAAGCUGGUUCUCCCCUCCUUAUUGGCUGCCCUCGAGGAGGAGUCCUGGAGGACCAAAGCUGGCUCCGUGGAAUUGCUUGGGGCAAUGGCAUACUGUGCCCCGAAGCAGCUAUCUUCUUGCCUCCCCAAUAUUGUGCCCAAGCUCACCGAGGUCCUAACUGAUUCUCAUGUGAAAGUGCAGAAGGCUGGACAGCAGGCGCUAAGGCAGAUUGGCUCUGUCAUCCGGAAUCCCGAGAUCUUGGCUAUUGCUCCGGUCCUUCUGGACGCCUUGACGGAUCCCUCCAGGAAGACUCAGCAGUGCCUGCAGACCCUGCUCGAUACCAAGUUUGUCCAUUUCAUCGAUGCCCCGUCCUUGGCUCUCAUCAUGCCCAUUGUCCAGAGAGCCUUCCAGGACCGAUCCACCGACACCCGGAAAAUGGCCGCCCAGAUCAUUGGCAACAUGUACUCUCUGACAGACCAGAAGGACUUGGCCCCUUACCUUCCGAGCGUGACCCCUGGGCUGAAAGCCUCUCUGUUGGACCCUGUGCCCGAGGUCCGGACGGUGUCUGCGAAGGCCUUGGGAGCCAUGGUGAAAGGCAUGGGCGAGUCCUGCUUUGAGGACUUGCUGCCCUGGCUGAUGGAGACCCUGACGUACGAGCAGAGCUCAGUGGACCGCUCCGGCGCCGCGCAGGGGUUGGCCGAGGUCAUGGCCGGUCUGGGAGUGGAGAAGCUGGAGAAGCUGAUGCCCGAGAUCGUGGCCACGGCCAGCAAAGUGGACAUUGCCCCCCACGUCCGAGAUGGCUACAUCAUGAUGUUCAACUACUUGCCGAUCACCUUUGGAGACAAGUUCACCCCUUACGUGGGGCCCAUCAUCCCCUGCAUCCUCAAGGCCCUGGCCGACGAGAACGAGUUCGUCCGGGACACCGCCCUGCGUGCCGGACAGAGGAUCAUCUCGAUGUACGCGGAGACAGCCAUCGCGCUCCUGCUGCCGCAGCUCGAGCAAGGUCUCUUUGAUGACCUCUGGAGGAUAAGGUUCAGCUCCGUGCAGCUCCUUGGAGACCUUCUGUUCCAUAUCUCGGGCGUCACUGGCAAAAUGACCACAGAAACGGCCUCCGAGGAUGACAACUUUGGCACUGCCCAGUCCAACAAGGCGAUCAUCAGUGCCCUGGGAGUGGAGCGGCGGAACCGCGUCUUGGCCGGGCUGUACAUGGGCCGCUCCGACACUCAGCUGGUCGUGCGGCAGGCCUCUCUGCACGUCUGGAAGAUCGUGGUCUCCAACACGCCCCGCACUCUUCGGGAGAUCUUGCCCACGCUCUUUGGCCUCCUGCUGGGCUUCCUGGCGAGCACUUGCUCAGAUAAGCGAACGAUUGCUGCCCGGACUUUGGGGGAUCUUGUCCGGAAGCUGGGGGAGAAGAUCCUGCCAGAGAUCAUCCCCAUCUUGGAGGAAGGCCUGAGAUCUGAGAAAAGUGACGAGAGGCAGGGCGUGUGUGUGGGACUCAGUGAGAUCAUGAAGUCCACCAGCAGGGACGCGGUGCUGUUCUUCUCUGAGUCCCUGGUGCCCACAGCCAGGAAAGCCUUGUGCGACCCCCUGGAGGAGGUGCGGGAGGCGGCCGCCAAGACCUUCGAGCAGCUCCACUCCACCAUCGGCUACCAGGCUCUGGAGGACAUCUUGCCCUUCUUGCUGAAGCAACUGGACGACGAGGAGAUGUCAGAAUUUGCCUUGGACGGUCUAAAGCAGGUCAUGGCUGUCAAAAGUCGCGUGGUGCUGCCCUACCUGGUGCCCAAACUGACGUCUCCACCCAUCAACACGCGGGUGCUGGCCUUCCUUUCCUCCGUGGCGGGCGACGCUCUGACCCGCCAUCUCGGGGUGAUCCUGCCGGCCGUCAUGUCCGCCCUGAAGGAGAAGCUGGGCACCAGCGACGAGGCGCAGGAGAUGGCAAACUGUCAGGCGGUCAUCUUGUCGGUGGAUGACGAUGCCGGUCACCGGAUCAUCAUCGAGGACCUGCUGGAAGCCACGCGCAGCCCCGAGGUGGGCAUGAGGCAGGCGGCCGCCAUCAUCCUCAACAUCUACUGCUCCAAGUCCAAGGCGGAUUACACGGGGCACCUGCGCGGCCUCGUCUCGGGCCUGCUCCGCCUCUUCAAUGACUCCAACAGCGUGGUCCUGGAUGAGAGCUGGGACGCCUUGAACGCCAUCACCAAGAAGUUGGACGCCGGGAACCAGCUGGCCCUGAUCGAGGACCUGCACAGAGACAUCCGCAUGGUGGGCAACGAGGCCAAGGGGGAGCACGUGCCGGGAUUCUGCAUUCCCAAAAAGGGAGUAACCUCGAUACUCCCGGUGCUGCGGGAGGGAGUCCUGACCGGCAACCCCGAGCAGAAGGAGGAGGCGGCCAGAGCCCUGGGCUUGGUGAUCAGACUGACCUCCGCCGAAGCCUUGAAGCCCUCCGUGGUCAGCAUCACCGGCCCUCUGAUUCGUAUCCUGGGAGACCGCUUCAGCUGGAACGUGAAAGUGGCGCUGCUGGAGACCCUGAGCCUCCUCCUGGCCAAGGUCGGGAUCGCCCUGAAGCCCUUCCUGCCUCAGCUGCAGACGACCUUCACCAAGGCGCUCCAGGACUCCAACCGGGCGGUGCGUCUGAAAGCUGCCGACGCCUUGGGCAAGCUCAUUGCCAUUCACAUCAAGGUGGACCCCCUCUUCACUGAGCUUCUGAAUGGAAUACGCUCCACCGAGGACUCGGGGAUCAGGGACACCAUGCUGCAAGCCCUGCGGUUUGUGACCCAAGGAGCGGGGGGCAAAGUGGACACGGCCAUUCGGAAGAGCCUCACCACCGUCCUGCUCGGCAUGCUGGGACACGACGAGGACGCCACAAGGAUGGCCUCUGCCGGCUGCCUGGGGGAGCUGUGCGCCUUUCUAACCGAGGAGGAGCUGAAUGCUGUGCUCCAGCAGCACCUGCUGGCGGACGUGUCUGGAAUCGAUUGGAUGGUCCGGCACGGGCGGAGCCUGGCGCUUUCCGUGGCUGUGAACGUGACUCCAGGCCGACUGUGUGCAGCCAAAUACCUCCCGGGCGUCCAGGAGAUGAUUCUCAGCAACGCCACGGCAGACAGGAUCCCCAUUGCGGUGAGCGGUAUCCGGGGCAUGGGCUUUCUGAUGAAGUAUCACAUUGAAUCGGAAGAGGGGAACCUGCCCAGCAAGCUCACCAGCCUCUUCAUUAAGUGUUUGCAGAAUCCAUCCAGUGACAUCAAGCUUGUGGCGGAGAAGAUGAUCUGGUGGGCCAACAAAGAGCCCCUGCCCUCCCUGGACCCUCAGGUCAUCAAACCGGUCCUAAAGGCCCUUUUAGACAACACGAAGGACAAGAACACCAGCGUGAGAGCCUACAGCGACCAGGCCAUCGUCAACCUCCUGAAGAUGAGAGAGGGCGACGAGGUUCUCCAGUCUGUCUCCAAGAUCCUGGAUGUGGCCAGCUUGGAGCUUCUGAAUGAGAGCUGCCGGAGGUCCCUGAAGAAGCUGGCCGGCCAGGCCGACUCGGUGGAACAGAUCGAUGACACCAUUCUCACGUGACGCCCAGGCCCGCCGAGCUGAGUGUGGCCCCAGCCUUUCGAAUCUGCACCAAUUCUCAGUGUUUUCAUUUUUGAAAAUGUUCAUUCAUUCUGCCUGGGGCAUAGGAGACAGGGUUCCCAGAGAAUAUCUUACUCUCUAAACAGACCACAGCCAAAGCCUUAAUCAGACCCACACACAACUGAAAUGGCCUCCCAUCCUCACCCUCUCCUCUAGGGACAGACAGACAGCGCGCACACGAGCCUCCCCACCAGCCCGCGGCCCACGGGGCCCGCUCGGGCAGCCGCAGAGCCGAACCAUCCGUUCUGGGCCGAAGCCCGAGCCGGUACCGGUCCUUUGCACAGCCCUACACACCAGGCCUGGGGAGGUGGAUGUGCUUGGGGGGGAGGGGAGGGUCACUGGGUUUGGCUUUUUACUGCUGUGCUGCUUGUGACCGGCUCAGUACACCAAGCUCUUAGCAGACUAAAAUGAUAUUUAAAUAGCCUUAGCAAUUAACAAGUGUGAGUUGGGGGGAGGGGGGUUAAAUGCAGGCUGUUUAAAGGACAAAUGUUUAAUAAAGGCUUUGAUUUAAUCUUGAUGCCAACCGCUCUGUCCUUUCUCCAGAGAUUGCUCAAGUAGACUCCGGAGAAGGAGGCUUUACAGUCGCUCUCUUUCACCCGAGGUCGUGUUUUACCUUUAGCCCAGCUGUCCUGAACUUGGAAGCAGACGUUGACCUCUGACACUGCCCCCUCCCUCUAGCCUGUGCUGAUGUCCUAGUUCUUUCUGAAUGGAAGAGAAGCUUCUUGCCAUGUAGAUCUUAUCAGAGCGAAGUUUCUUUGCCGGGCUUGCAUCAGAACCGAGCGGUGCGGGAAGCUCGCUCCUUCCUUUUUUGUGGGGACUAGCAGUCAGAUCUGUGCUUGGGGAAGGCAGUGUGCUGAGUAGCCAGUUCCCUGUUCUCCAUUCUAAAGCUGAAGGGUAAGGUUGGGUCCUUCUGGAAGGAAAUGAACCUUGGAAGAAAACCCACCACUGGUGGCGAAAGAGCCCCGUUCUUGGGGUGAGCAGCUUACGAGAGGAAACCAGAGAGGCAGAUCAGCAUCUGCCUGGCUUAUGAAUGACUUCCUUCCUCUCGGUUCUUAGAAGGCUCGUGACGCUGGCCUGCGUCCUGUCCUCCAGAGCACACCCGCCCAACUGUGCCCGUGACAUCAUCUUUUCUGGGCCAUUUCCCUCAAUGCUCCUGUCAGAACUAUGGACUGAGACUGUUAGGAAAAGAAAGAAAAAGAAGAAAAUGAAGGCUUCAAAAAGGUAUAAAACACGAGAGACAAAUAAAUCCCAUCAUCGGUAGGGGACUGUGGCUACCUGUGUUCGGUGCCAGCAGUGGAGGACUCACUUCUUUUUGAGGAGGAGGACGACAAAGUGACCUCGAGGGUCUCUGCACUCUUGGAUAAAGUGCCUUCUGUCUCACAGACUCAUGUGAGCUUCUUGCAUCCAUAGCGCAUCCAUAGCAGUCUCAGUUGCCUCCUCCCAGGGCUGAAAGGCACCUCAAGAGGUCUGCUGAAUAGACAUCCCCCACAAAGGAACUCUCAUGGUAACCAUGGUAACUGCUUCCCAUUUCCAAGAUCCCAGUAGCCAUUGGUACCCUCACAGUGGUCCAGGGCAUCAGCCUGGAAAACUGCCUGCCUACGUGCUGUUGAUUAGCUCUGGCGUCAUCUGAGAGCUGAGUUAGGAGAGUCUGCAAGCUCUGACCGCCGCCAGUGGGAGUGCUGAGGCAUGUGGAGAGCCAGAGGGGAUCUCUCUCUUUUUUUUUUCUCUUCCCCCUUAUGACCCUUAAAACUGUUGUAUCCUGCCUUCAGCCUUCGGUUCCAGAAUCCUGAUGAAUGGAAGGUGGAAGACAUAUUCAAGAAAAUUCAUGUGCUUUGCUAAAAUUUUAAAAAACAACAAAAAGUCCCAAUGUACCUGGUUCCGUUCCAGAAAAUGGAGAAAGUAGAGUCCUUUCUGUUCAGAAUAGAAGAGACAAGGUUGAUUCACAAGUGGAAGCAAUUCAGGGGCUCAGCCAAGUAGCUUAAAUGGCUUUUUCUGAGCCUUUGGGAAGGUGUGAGGUGAAAGGCUGUCACCAAGAGAGCGACCGAGGCCGUGGAGAAAAGACUUCAUCAGUUUGGGGGGCAGGUCCUCAAAAACAAACUGGGUUCUCGAUGCUACUAGGCAAGACCAGGGAACAGUAGGCUGGACUUGCAAGUCGAGAAGAUCGGAGUUCUAAUCCUGCCUCUUGACACUAACUGUGACUCUGGGCAAAUCACUUAACCUAUUACAUGAAGUUGCCUUGUCUCUAAGAUAAGGGGGUUGGUCCAAAGGCCUCUGCUGUGUCCCAUCCAUGGUCCUGUAAUCACAUUCAUAGAAUGAAAGUCCUUGACGCCUAUGAAGUGCUAGAUCACCGAGGGUGAGUGGGGCCUGGCACUGACACAGGAGGCCUAAGGACCUUCCCCAUGUUGGUCCCAAUCAUCCCCUGGCUUUUGCUGCCCAGUGUUCCAACUACUAUGAUUUCCAUCUCUUUCCAGUGUUUGCAGGAGGGGGGAGAGAGUAGAUAUUUUGUGGGCUCCAAAUAACCUCCUCUCCAAGUAUGAUUUGUAACCAGUGGAAAGUUGAAGCUCAUGAUCAUGUAGCAUAAAAAAUUGCUCUUUUCAUGGGUCUCCAUAAAGUGAGGAGACUCGACUAGAUGGAUGGGCUAAUUUAUUAUUCCCAGGGAGGUCAUUGGGAUCCUUAAAAGUGUCAAGUUGGCCUUUGGGGAGGAGCUAGAACUUCCUCCUACUGAAGCAGUAUUGGUGAGUUUUGAGUUAGCGUUCACAUAUCCACGAUACUUUUUGGUUACUCUCCAAAGAAAGCAGUCGCGUGUCAGCUGUGGUUGUAGAGGCUGGAUUUGGAAUGAGGACCUGGGCUGAAUCCCAGACUUUGCCCCUUGGCAUCACAUGCAUCCAGAUGCAAAAACUGGUUUUUGUGUCUUGGGAUAGAUGGUUGUGACGUGCCCCCUACCCGGACAGUGGUAAUCUCCCGUAUUGUUGGGUAAGAAAAGUGUUCUGAUCUUGAAAAAUGGAAGGGAACCACGAGAGACUCAAACCUCCCCACAAAUGUGAGGUUCAGCUCUCGGCUGCCCCUUAUUUGGGGGAAGUUAACUUAUCUCUCUGGGCCUCACUAAAAUGAGACUUGGUCUCAAUUUCUGCUAAACCCACGAUUCUAAGAACAGCUCCCCAAGUUACACACCUCCCAUGAGCCACAUGGAUGUACAUAUGAUCUUGCUGUCACCCAUAAAUGUACCGCCGCCAUAUUUAAGAAUUCCAAAAUAGGAUCAUCAUCUAUUUUCCAUUUCUCUGCCUCUCUCCCCUCACCCCACUCUUGUCCCUCCUGUGACCUCUGCUCCCUUUAUCCCUCAGUUCUCCCCCUGGCCAUCAUCCCUGUCCUAGUUAAUCUCUCUUCUCUUGACCAUCUUGAACAGCUCCAUUGUCCCGUUCUGCCAUACUGCACCAUACAAAUGGAUGGUCUCUCCCACCAUCCACAGCCUUCCCAAUAGAGAAAAUUGCCCAACAAACACUUCUAACUGGGGCCACUGCAAACUGAUGUCACACUACCUCACUGGGCCCUUACUGCUGCUGGGCAAGCCUGUUUCUCCCUUAGCUCGUUCUCCCGCUCUGCCCCAAGGAUCCUCCAGAUCUCAUCCUUCUUCAAACCUCCCGGGCUUCUCUUCUUCCUUUGUAGCCAGGAAUCUUGCCUUACAUUUUAGAGAAAAAAAUUGAAGCCAUCUGCUGGGAACUUCCUUUUCUCCCUCAUCUCCUGUCAGACGCCUUCUGCCAUUCUCCUUCACUCCUCUUGGAAAAUGGUGACCUUAGUCCUUGCCAAGGCUAGGUUGUAAACUCCUUGACGGAAGGGACUUUUUUGUAUUCCUAACAUUUUGUACAGUGUCUGGCACACAAUAGGUACUUAAUGUUUACUGACGGGUCAUGAUUUACAAUUAUCUUUCCAAUCGCCAAAUCUCAGACUUGGAAGAGAUCUAAAAAAAUUAUCUUAUCCAACAUGUAUCAGAACAAGAUCUUUUUUUAUUAUAUAUCUAAUCAACUAUUGUCUGGGGGCAAUUAGGCAGGACUGGGUGGCACAGUGGAUAGAGCACCAACCCUGGAGUAGGGAAGACUUAAGUUCAAAUCCAGCCUCCGAUACUUCCUUAGCUAGUCACUUCACCCUGAUUGCCUCAGCUUCCUCAUCCAUAAAGAGAGCUAGAUGGAAAAGGAAAUGACAAACUCCUCCUGUACUUUUGCCAGGAGAAACCCAAAUGGGGUCACAAAAAAUUAGCAGUGUCUGGAGUUGGGAAAACUUUGAGUUCAUAUUUGGUUUCAGAUACUGGCUGGGCAAAUUGCUUAGCCUGUUUGCCUCAAUUUCCUCAUCUGUAAAAUGAAAUUAAUACUAGCAUCUUCUAGGAUAGUUGUGAGGCUCAAGUGAGAAUAAUAUUUAUAAAGCAUUUAGCACAGUGCGAGACCUAGUAGGUAUUACAUAAAUGUUGGCUAUUAUUAUUAUUGCCUGGAGAUUUCCAGGGAGAGGAACUCGCUCAUGUCAUUUUGUGGUAGAGUCAACUGUCAAAUUUUCCUGACAUCAAAGCUAACUGCUCUCUGGCAGUUUCCUCUCAAUUAUUCCAAGUUUUGUCCUCUAGGACCAAGCAGAAAAAGUUCAAAUUCCUUUUCCCCUUUAAAUACUUGAAGACAUCGAUCAUGUCUUCUCCUUUUUCCUCCGGAUAAAAUCCCCCCCGUUUCCUUUAAUCCAGUUCCUCAUACGGCAUAAUCGUGAGACUCUGCCAUCCUUGUAAGCCCUCCUCUGGAAACACUCCAGCUUGCAAAUGCCCAGAACAGAUUCAACUCUCCAGAUGUCAUCUGCCCAAUGGGACGCUCCCUUCUCUAGUUCUAGAAUCUCUUGUCUUUUUUUAUGCUUUUCAGUCUGUAGUCAGACAUCAGUUCUUCCUCUGGGUGUGGCUGGCAUUUUUCAUCCUGAGACUUUUCAGAUUGGUCGUGGAUCAUUGUAUUGCUGAGAAUAGCAGUUUUUUCAUCCCACAACAUUGCUAUUACUUGGUACACAGCACAUUUCACUUUGCACCAGCUCGUGGUGGACUCUCCAAGUUUUUCCGAGAGCAUCCUGACCUAUGUCUCUUGUAAUGUAGCUGAGGCUGACACUUUCAGUGGCUGACCUCACCCAGCCAGCUCCUGGGGGAGCUGGUGUGAAACGGGAGCUGCUCUUUGGGAGAGAAAAGAUCUUUCUUCUGCUCCAGUCUGGAGGAUUUUGCUAAGGCUUCGCUGGAGAAGAGGCAGGGCCAUCAUUGGCCCCGGGAAAACAAGAACAGUUAAGUGUCAGAAUCAGGUGACAGAGCUGAGGAGGGCUUCCUGGGGAGGGAAGGGAGUAAGCAGAAGUAAGUCAUGAAUGUUUUCUGAGAGAUGGCAGAAGCCAGGCUCUCGGGGACAUAGCAGAAUAAUACGUGUGAGGAACAGGGGAGUAACAGGUAAGCCUGUGAAUGGAGAAAGCUUUGUAGCGCCAUUUAGGCUGGGUGUAAAAACACUGGAGCUAUUUUGUUUGCAGUGAUGUGGAUGAGUAGUAGGAUGUUUUUAUAAUGAUAACUGGCAUGUUGUAUUUUUGUUUUAGAUUUUAUUAUUAUUAUAGCUUUUUAUUUGCAAAACAUGCAUGGAUAAUUUUUCAACACUGACCCUUGCAAAAUCUUCUGUUCCAACUUUUCCCCUUGUUCCCUCCACCCUCUCCCCUAGAUGGCAGGUAAUCCCAUCCAUAUUAAAUAUAUUAAAGUAUAUGUUAAAUCCAAUACAUGUAUACAUAUUUAUACAGUUAUCUUGUUGCACAAGAAAAAUCAAAUCUAGAAGUAAAAAAAAUCUGAGAAGGAAAACAAAAAUGCAAUCAAACAACAACAGAGAGAGUGGAAAUACUAUGUUGUGGUCCACACUCAGUUCCCAUAGUUAUCUGGUGCAGAUGACUCCUUUCAUCACUGAACAAUUGGAACUGGUUUGAAUGAUCUCAAUGUUGAAGAGAACCGUGUCCAUCAGAAUUGAUUGUCGUAUAUGUAGUCUUCUUGUUACCAUGUAUAAUCUCCUGGUUCUGCUCAUUUCACUUAGCAUCAGUUCCUGUAAGUUUCCCCAGUCCUCUCUGAAAUCAUCCUGCUGGUCAUUUCUUACAGAACAAUAGUAUUCCAUAACAUUCAUAUACCACAAUUUAUUCAGCCAUUGUCCAAUUAAUUGGUGGGGAUCCAUUCAGUUUCCAGUUUCUGGCCACUACAAAAAGGGCUCUGGCAUAUUGUACUUUAAGAUCAGCAAAGUAAAGAUGCUGAAAUAAGAACAGAAUAUAGUUUUCUUCCCUUCCCCUUCUUCUUAAUUCAUGUGUUUCUCUGUAGACCAAAUAACUUUAUUAUUUAAAAUAAAACACUUCUUUUUCUA